UUUUUUUUUUUUGCAUGUGAUGUGUCAACAAUUGCCAUUGCCUUGGACGGGUACAUUGUGAAUUCUCCUUUCACUUUCUGUGUAUCUUUUCUGGUGCAGGGGCAGGACUAUCAUCUAUGGCAUGUGAAAGAAGAUGGUGAAGACGUGAAGUCAAAUUCUGGUCCACGACGAUUAUGGAUUGCAUAGAGAGAGCAUAGAGGAUACUACUGUGUUGCUUUCCAAUGGGAGGGGUUGAGGCAGUGCGUCGUCCAGUGGGCCAUGUGGAUUAGAAGGCUUGCCUGUACGAAUAGAGAAGCACGCGAGGAUGCAACGGUGCAUAUCGAGGAAAGCAAGAAAGCAUAUCUGGGACGCGUACGACUGCCAGAACACGAGAAGAAGAAGAAGCCAUGCUGAAAGCUCGCUGGAUUCCAAUUCAAGGCUGGAUCAGCGAUGGAGACGGUGGGAUGCACGCUGCACUACAGCCUAUCCAGACGGGCCGGAGUGAGACAGUCUCACCAAACCUGGCAUUUCUUACUCGAUUUUUUGCAUUGUAUUAUUUUGUAUUAUCAUUCGGGAAUGAGAUUAUUGCUCUCUUACCAUUACAUUACUAUCAUUAGUAUUCUUGCUGUUUGCUGCUCUUGUCCAUCCUGGAAGACUGACUGACUGACUGACGAUGCCCCGCACAGACAUGUCGUCAAAUCGAUAAGAAUGAGUGUCUCUUGCCACUGUCCAUGUGCUGCUGUCACGAUGUUCUUCUUUUUAUAUACAUAUACAGCCAGACCUCCUCUUUCUCUUCUUCUGCUCUUGUGAAGCAUCCUCAUCAUCACCAUCUCCUCGCAGGUCGACGGCCCAUCCCAUAGCGUAUAUCUUAUCACUGCUUCCAUCUCAACCUCAUCUCGCUGCCUCGUACCUGGCUGCGUCCUUUUCUCUCACACCUGGCUGGCUGUCCCCUUCUUCCCCUGGCCGGUUCCUGGUUCCUUCGUGCCUCCUUCUCUCCUCUCCUCUCUCUCCGGCACCUUCUCCAGUCCUUCUGACCGCAUGACCGUUAAUUGAGUUCCGUGCCCUCGUACAGGCCUGCCUAAGCCUCCCGAGAAUUCACCUACGCUCUUCGGGUCACUAUGAGCCUUUAAGAAUUAAUCCUACCAUUGCCCGGGUCUCUCUGGUUGCCAAUACUUGUCCUCGUCAUCUGACACUCGCUCUGCCAUAUACCUACCCCGACUGCCUCGUAUUCCCUUGUUACCUGGGUCCAAAGGGCUGUGUGUUUGGACCCUGCAGUGAUCAAUAUGGCUACACCAUCUCCCGAUAUCAUUGAGCAAUCGCCGCGGACUGCGUCGCCGAUCAGUCCGGCCUCGCCGACAACAGGCGAGGUUCCGCUGGAGCAAGCCCCCAAGCUCAAAGGGCGCCAUAAGCUGUUGCAAAACCUCCAGCGCAUGUCCUCUUCGCCAUCAUUAACCCGACGCGGACGUUCCGCCUCUACGGGAUACCGACGAGAUGCAAAAGCCUCCUUGUCUUGCGUGUCGCUUUCGCCCAGUGCCUAUACUCCCUGCUUGGGGAAUGGAAGCUCUUCUCAAUUAUAUGGUGGACUGAACGGGCCCAGUUCUGCAGGGUCACCCGCAGAGAAUCGACCAGAUAGCCCUCGCAUUCGUCUAGUUGGGAGAGAUUCUUCCGCUUCUGUGCAGCAGUCGAAAUCAGUCCCUCUGCCGGUGGAUCUGAGGCCCGUCUCUCGUGGGUUGUCGCCGGAUUGUGCCUCGAUUGGAAAUGGAACGGCCGCACGGCCAUCUCUUACCCGACAGAAGGCCAUUGACUUUUGGGGAGACAUGCCUCACGAGAUUAGGAUGAAGAUCUUCCUCUAUCUGUCACCAAAGGAAAUCGUCCGUUGCUCCCGUGUUUCCAAGGCGUGGCACAAGAUGUGUUACGACGGGCAGUUGUGGUCGAAUAUCGACACCCCCGGAUACUAUACCGAUAUUCCAAGUGACGUUCUUGUCAAACUCAUCGUAUCCGGUGGCCCCUUCGUGCGGAACCUCAACCUUAGAGGCUGCUCGCAGUUGCCCGAAAAGUGGUCCUCGGAAGGCGAACGUAUCUCUGCCGUUUGUCGGAAUGUGGUUAACCUCUGCGUCGAGGGAUGCCAUAUUGACAAGAAGUCAAUGCAUUCAUUCCUUUUGCGGAAUUCUCAUCUGGAGCAUAUCAGUAUGCCAGGGCUUUCCAGCGUGACAAACUCUGCAAUGAAUAUUAUCGCACAGUCUUGUCCCUGUCUUGAGACCUUGAAUGUAUCUUGGUGUUCCAACGUCGAUACCAGCGGCCUGAAGAAGAUCGUCCAGUCUUGCUCGCGCUUGCGGGACCUUCGAGUUGCGGAAGUUAGCGGGUUUGAGGACGAAGAGUUCAUGCUUGAGUUAUUUGAAAAGAAUACUCUCGAGCGGCUAGUCCUGAGUUACACUGAUGUGACGGACCAGGCCCUCAAGGCGUUUGCGCUCGGGGUAGACCCGGAAGUUGACAUACUGACGGGUCGACCGAUUGUUCCUCCGCGACGACUCAAGCACCUGGAUCUUUAUCAAUGCGUUGAGUUGACGGACGAUGGGGUGAAGAAUCUUACCUACACCGUUCCGAACCUCGAGUAUCUGCAGCUUUCCAAGUGCGCUGAACUCAGCGACGACUCCAUCAUACCCGUGAUCCGUAACACGCCGCAGUUGACUCACCUUGAACUUGAGGGUCUAGAGAGCCUCACAAAUGAGACUCUCGUAGAACUUGCCAAGUCACCCUGCGCACGCCGGCUUGAACAUCUUAAUAUUAGCUUCUGUGAGAAUCUAGGGGACAUAGGGAUGCUCCAGGUUUUCAAGAACUGUAAGAAUAUUCGGUUUGCCGCCUUGGACAAUACGCGAGUCUCGGACCUCUCCUUGAUGGAGGCCAGUUCGCAGGUUCGGAAGCGAGGUUACAAUGACGAGCGGCCCCCUCAGAUCGGGGUGCGGUUAGUUAUCUAUGACUGUGCCAAUAUUACCUGGGCCGGUGUAAAGGAAGUCCUCUCGAGCAACGCUUAUGUUCCCCGUAACCGCAAAGGCACGUCAACAGAAGCAGGGUCACGUUCUAAUAGCCCUGCGAACACGUCGACAACCAAGUUACCUACUUCCUCGACUUCAUCGCCUGUGGCAUCCUACCCCAAUGAGAUCAUCAAGCUCAAGUGUUGCCACCCCUGGCAGAUGACAGUGGAAGAGCAUACCAGACGGGUUUUGCGUGGUGAUCUCGCUGCUGCGAGCAGACUCGAUCGAAAAUGGGCAGACUAUAUGAUGGCCACUGAGGAAGGCGGAAUCCUAGGCAUGGGAGUGAGAAGGAGACGACGCCGGCUACGCGAUGCAGAGCAACGUUGGAAUGCCGAUGAGGAGGAGGCAGAUGAUGCCGGCGGUGUUUCCGCCUUUGGAGGAGGUCGGAGAAGAGCACAGAGUGGCGGCGCUUGCGUUGUCAUGUGAGAUUCGCUGUAACGGGCGAUCGGUCCUAUUUGGACCAGAACGGCACUUCACUUUGAUUACCUCGUUCUUCCCAUAUUCGGUUCUUCGGUUCUACGAUACCAGGCGUUCGUUAGGUCGUUAUUUCUUGGAGCACGGGUGCUCUUCUGGACUCCUCGGCCCUUUCCCCCCCUCUGCUUUAUAUAUGUUCUUUCCCUGGGCUCGUUUCAAAGUGCCCCCUCUCCGGUGUGGUAUAUACGAAAUACCUGCUUUCGUUGACCCGAAAGACCGAGACCCGUGCGCUCUUUUACACCAGGACAUGCUAUGAGAUAUGAAAUACGGCUAUGUAAGGUUUGCUUUGGGCAUGGACGGGUCCGUCCCAAACUCGCCAUGCACGACCAUGAAAUAACAUGACAUUUUAUGGAUGGAAUAUGGAAUGGAACGGGCACUUGGGGUCUUGAUUGAUAUUAGAAGUUAACCAAGCAUUCUUUCUUUUGUUUAUUGGGUCUCUGUCCUACUGUUCUGGUGUUUGGGUUUUGCAGGUCUAUCUCUGCUUUGUCAUAGACAGUGUUUUUGAAAGACUUGGGGUUGUUCUCCCUCCGCAUUUCAUCUCGAAUCAACUAUUUAUACCUACCUACAAUAUAUGAUUCCAUUAUAUGGACAAUUAUUGACUGUCACAUGUUAGUCUUGAAGUACGUGUGGGCUUAC